UUGCUGUUGCAUGUGUAAUGGUCCUGCCAAUUUUCUACUUUGUAUUCCAUGGUUUUUGCAGCGAGACAACCAGAGAGGUUCCCACCAUGCAAAAAUCUUGGCUGUCACCAGCCCACCAUGGUCCAUGCACAUGUGCUCCUGGUUCAGUGCUCCUCAAAGACCACAUCCCUAAAGAGAAAUAUGAUGAUGUGGUGCAACGCCGAGCGAAGGAGUUCCUAAACCACAAGAUCAGGACAAACUCUGUCUUAACGAAAUUGCUGCUCGCUUCACCUAACUCUCCCUUGCAGUAUCCCAUGCAGGGGUUUACAGUACGACCCCUGACCUCCACUCCUAUACCAGGUUUAGCGCUGCAUGCAGGAGCAAGAUCCAGCUAUGAGGUGACUUUGACUGUGUCCAAAGGCAUCCUCAUCACAAUGCCCACAGAAGGGGUUAAAAUUAAAGGGAAUGGUGAGCCAACACUGACUGUAGAGUCCAAUAACUUGCUGUUCCUCAACGUUCUGCUGGCACAGGUGUCCUAUCAGAGCACAGUUUAUCAUGUGAACACUGGAGAUCUGGCCAUUUUCCAGUUUGACAGCCAUGAAGCUGUGUUUCCCAUUGCCAUCAAACAGCCUCAGCUGCCAGUCCUGUAUGACAUGGGUACAGACAUCAGCUCUUACGUCACCAUCACCACUAAAACAUUCCUGCGCUAUGAACAGCUGAAAGUCUUGGUGAACAGCAUACGGAUGUUCUACGACAACAUAAGUAUCAUCAUUGCAGAUGACAGCUUUGAACCACAAAAAAUGACCGGAGAACACAUCCAGCACUACAUCAUGCCUCCAGCGCAGGGCUGGUUUGCAGGCAGGAACUUGGCUGUUUCCCAAGUAACAACCAAAUAUUUCCUAUGGGUGGACGAUGACUUUGUGUUCACAAAGGACACAAAGAUAGAGCAGUUGGUGGAGGUGAUGGAGGCAGUCCCUGAACUUGAUGUGUUGGGUGGGACAGUACACGGAGCACAGUUUUAUUUUUCCCUCAUCUAUGAUGAGGGUAACGACAAAGAGGGUGGCUGUCUGUACAGGAGGUCUAGGGAAAAGUAUCAUCAUCUUCCUGGUCACCCACAAUGCGUUAUGGUCAGCGGGGUGAUCAAUUUCUUUCUGGCUCGUACAGAUGCUGUACAGAGGGUGGGGUUCGACCCUAAGCUACAGAGAGUAGCGCAUUCAGAGUUCUUCAUGGAUGGCCUGGGUUCCCUGAUGGUUGCCUCAUGUAAUCAUGUAUCCAUCGGUCAUCAGCAAAAGAAUGGCAAGUCUGGUCUGUACUCCAAAUACCGACAUCCUUCAAAUAGUGACCAGGAGUUCAAAUAUCAACUUCACUUCUUCAAGAACAACUUAAAGUGUAUCCUAUUUGGAUAGCACCCAACAAGAGGACUGCGAGGACACCAAACACAUGAAGGGGGGUUUUGUAGGAAGCAGUGAAGCCAUAUAUAUAUUACAUGUUACAUUAUUUUAGUGGGACUUUGACUACAGGUUUUCUAAACUUUGACUUUACUUUUUAGCAAACUACUGUAUGUACAGGAACAUUAUGAUGCACUUAAAUCUCUGUAAAUUUGACGUAUACCUCCAUUUUUAGAACAUCAGGGUCAUGUGAUAUGUGAGAGAGCUGA